AUGACUGUGCAUGUGGUGGCAUGUGUGCAGCACACAAGCAAGGCCGGUGAAGAGACAGAAGCAGCCAAACAAUCGUCAUGGAGGCGCGGAAGAGAAGGAAAGGAAGGAAGGAGGAGGCGAAGCAGAGGAGGAGCAGUGCUGGGGCAACUUUGGCCGAGGAGCAGUGUGGGCGCUGCUAGAGGCAGGGCACAAAGUGGAACAGGUGGGUGGGCGGGCUUUGAGACGUCUCAAAAGCCGAGGGGCAGUGUGGGCGCUGCUAGAGGCAGGGCACAGACUGGAACAGGUGGGUGUGAUGGGGUUGGCAGGAUGGAUAAUGGAUGGCGUAUGGGGGGAAGGGGGAUGGUGGUGGAGGGAGCUAUGCUCCCUCCUCCGCCAUGCCUGCACCUUGCCAUCUCAUGGCAUGGAGUGGUUCGGGUGCUGUGCGGGCAGCAGGACACGGUGAGUGUGCUGCGCUAUAUAGCAUUGACAGCCCAGCUUCCUCUGUGCCUCCUCCAACGCUUGACAUAUGCUGCUCUCUCCUCCUCUCCUUUGCUGCCUCCACCUUGCCAAUCCAUGGCAGGGAGUGGUGGGAGUGAUGUGCGGGCAGCCAGGAAUGGACAGCAGACAGGUGUCGCAUUCCUAUUGGCCCUCGCCGAUGCCAACAACCUUUCGCUCUCUCCAGCGGAGCUCAUUGAGCUGGACAGGCUUAUAGAGAACGGUUUCCUUGGUUUGAGGAACGGAGUGUUGGACCAAUCAGCAAUCGUCCUUUCAAAAUCCGGCCACCUCACUCGCAUCUGGUGCCAGGAUCGUCGACACGACUUCAUUCCACUCCCUGCGGGGACACCAUCUGACCCCAAUGAACAAGGCAUGCAGGCGGCUAUCGUUCAAUCGUCGGGCUGCAACAAUCCGAGUCGCCUUCAUCUUGGCUGUCUCAGGCAUGCAGGCGGCUAUCGUUCAAUCGUCGGGCUGCAACAAUCCGAGGUGAUCAAUUACCUCUUUCAUCUGACUUCAUCCUGGGUUUUACUCCACUCAUCACCUUCUCUCUUUCUCUCCAUCCCUCCCCUGUGCCUCCCAGACCCCCUUCCCACAGUCGCCUUCAUGCUGGCCUUCUCAGGCAUGCAGGCGGCCCUCACUUCCUCCUCGGGCUACAACAAGUGGAUGUGUUUUUUAGGCUUGCCACAGAAACGCCUUCCCUUCCCCCCUUCCAUGCACCUCCCAGACCCCCUUCCCCCAGUCGCCUUCAUCUUGGCCUUCUCAGGCAUGCAGGCGGCCCUCACUUCCUCCUCGGGCUACUACUACCAGAGGUGCCUUUUCAGUCUGCUAAAAAAUCGCCUUCCCUUUCCCCCUACCGUGUACCUCCCAGCUCCCCUCCCCACAGUCGCCUUCAUCUUGGCCUUCUCAGGCAUGCAGGCGGCCCUCGCUUCCUCCUCGGGCUACAACAACCGUGUGCAGGAGUGCCAGGAAGCUGCCAGGAUGCUUCUCGUUGCAGCAGGACUGGAUGUGCCCUCCGCUCCUGUUCUUUCGCAAGGUCUGAGAGUCGUGAGGAAAGGGGGGGGGGGGGGCUUUCUUUUCGAGGCGCCUUUUUACGAGGCGCCUCAAAAGCAGGACUGGAUGUGCCCACUUCUCCUGUUUUAUCGCAAGGACCACCUACCUGAGGCGCUGCGCCGCCGCACAACACACUUCUUCUCAGAGAGCGCGCGAGUGCUGCAGGGCGCUGAGGCUCUGCAGCAAGGCGACUGGCAGCUGUUUGGGCGCCUGAUGUCGGAGUCGGGGCAGAGCUCCAUCGACCUCUAUGAGUUCAGUGGUGCAGGCUUUAGGGGGUGCUGUGUGGCGCUCGUGGAGCGAGAGAAGGUUGCUGAUGUGGCGCGCCACGUGGCGGAAGAGUAUUCGCGGAGACAGCCUGAGCUGGCUGCAGCGUGUCAGAAAGAUAGCAUGGUGGUGGUGUGUGAUAUAAGCGACGGUGCUAGGAUUGUUUGA